CUAGUAUUUUACUGUUUCACUGCGAUUUCGUUUGAGAUGGUGUUCGAGUGGCAAAAUGUAUUGAAUUGCAUUUAAUUGAAUUAGAAAAAGUGUUUACAAAUGUGAAUUUCCUGAUCCUUUUACCUUUAAAUACUUGUAAGGAGUGAAAAGAGCUCAUGGGAUCGUAAAUUUUGAGCGGACUUAAUGAUACUUUCUUGGUCAACAUGGAAUCUUUAUCAAAACAAGAGUUAAUUUCUACUAUAACGAAGCAGGCGGAUCAAAUAAAACGCUACGAAGGCCGUCUUAGAGAUGUGGUUGCCGCAUAUAAGGGUUUGGCAAAGGAGAAGGAGGCAUUGGAGAUCAGCUUGAAGGCUCUAAAUAGAACUGAGGGUCCUGCUGUGGAGGGAGGAGAAAAAGAUGACUCCGUGGCGGCUCUCACUCUGUCUCUCUCCACCCUGACGGCGGAGAAGUCUCGCAUGGAGGAAGCCUUCCAAGCUGACAAGAAACUUACAAGAGAAAAGUACGAAAACCAAAUAGCGGUGAUGAGAGAAGAGACAAGAACAUUGGUUCAGCAGCACUUAGCUGAGGUUAACAACCUCAAAGCCAAGAUCGCGUAUGAGAUACAAGAAAGAGAGAAGGAGAGAGCUGAUCACGCUGCUAUGAUGAAAGAACUCCACGCAAAACUGAAUUCUGAGCGUAAAAGCAAAGAGAAGCUGGAAGAUAAAGUGGUGAACACAUCGGAGUCGCAAGCUUCGCAAGCAGAACUAGAGAAGCGAGUCAGGGACCUGAGCAGUUCGCUUGAAGCGGCUCAGCGGAGACUGAAGAGGGCUGAAGAACGGACGGUGGAGACCCCAGCUCUGUUGGUGCGCCUGCAACAGAAGUUGGCUUUGGUUGAGCAGUCACACUCCGUUGCUAUAAGAGAGGAACAAAUCAAAGCGAAACGCGCAGAGGAAGCGGCUCGCAAGAUCUGUGCGAGACAAGAGGAGAGGGUGGCCCUUCUAGAAGGGAAGUUAGCAGAACUGUCGCAGACCGUUGGAGAGUACGACCUGCGCAGACGCCGGGACCAGCAGCUGAUACAGCAGCUGCAGGAGUCCUUGAACGGACGACUUUUGGACAAGAUCGCUGUUAGUCCAAGCGAAGAAACUCCACUAAAGAGUGAGACAGACAACGAAAAGUUGGCGGACAGCGAAUACCUUCAAACUCUGAUCGACAAAAUCCACAUUCUGAAGAAAGAGCUGAUAGCCGAAAACGCUAAACUAGGAAGCCCUAUAGAUUUAACAACUGUCUUCAAGAUAGAAGGAUAUGAAAACGUCCAUACGAAAUGCAGGGAGGAGUAUGAAAGCUUAAAAGCAGAAUUUGAAGCUUACAAAACUCUAAAUACGAAGCCAAAGGAUGAAAGAAAUGAUUUCCUAAGCGAAAUUGCCGAGUUGAAAAGUGAGAUUGUCUUGUUGAAAGAAAAGAUUGAGACAUAUAAAAUGGUUUUAGAGGAAGAAAAGCAAGACAAAGCGGAUAGUUUGAAGCUUUAUGAAGAUAAAUUAAAGAACGAGAAAGAUUACCACAAGGAGAUUGUAGCAGACUUAAAAACCCGCAUUCAAAGCCUCGAAAAACAAGUACAAACACAAAGAGAUAGAUACGCCGGGUUACUAGAAGAGACUGACAAUCUGAUCCGAGCUAGAAGCGAUAGGCAGCGUCGGGUGAGCGCUGAGGAACAUUGGAAAGAUGGGCAUAACAUGCUUACGGACGUAACGGCACCGCCGCAUAUGCUGCACUAUGCGCACGAGUUGGCCAGGAAGGACCUCGACAUAUCGCAACUGAGGAAAGAGAAACACAUACUGGAAGGGCAAUACAGGGACUGCCAACGUGAGGCGACGAUAGAUAAGGAACGAUUCAAAGAAGUCAUCAGGACUCUAAAAGAAGAAAUUGACAGAUUAAGAAGAAUCCAGUCGCGGGAAGGGGCUAACCUCGAAUAUCUAAAGAAUGUCGUGAUGGCAUACCUGCUGUCCACAGACUACGCUGGACGCAAGCACAUGCUCAACGCCAUAGCCGCUGUACUCCACUUCACUACUAGCGAAAAGAACAUGGUUCUUUGUAACUUAUAAACAACUUAUUUUUACUACUCAGAAAGCUCUGUGAGGUGUUAAGUAGGGUCACGAGUACUAAUAUGUAUACACUUUGUAACCAUGUCACAUUAACUUUUUUAACAAAUUAAACCGUAAGUCUCAUUAAAUGUCAAAUAUGAUAGUACGAAAGGGUUCCAAAGUGGGUACAUGAUAUUGCUCAUGACUGUACUCACACCUUGCGUUUGACCUCAAUCUCAUCAGCCUCACUAGCAAGGAAUUAGACCACGAUAAACAUCUUACCCGUACUGGUUUAUAUUCACUAUAUUAUUAUAGACUUCUGCUGAUUCAAGUACAUACCAUCUAAUUUUAUUUUAAAUUAUACCUGUCAUUUUCUUAUCCGCUGAAAAAGAGAGGGACGGGUAAUCGACAAGAUUUAUGGAACGAGGAGCUCGGUGGCGCAGCGGUUAACGCGCUCGGUCUGCGAUUGUUGAAGUUAAGCAACUUUCGCAAAGGCCGGUCAUAGGAUGGGUGACCAAAAAAAAGUUUUCAUCUCGAGCUCCUCCGUGCUUCGGAAGACACGUUAAGCCGUUGGUCCCGGCUGCAUUAGCAGUCGUUAAUAACCAUCAAUCCGCACUGGGCCCGCGUGAUGGUUUAAGGCCCGAUCUCCCUAUCCAUCCAUAGGGAAGGCCCGUGCCCCAGCAGUGGGGACGUUAAUAGGCUGAUGAUGAUGAUAGGCAGCAAUUUAAAAUAAACUUCCAAAAUGUUAUAUAGGCCAAUAACCCGACAGAAUUAAGUUGACAGCACACGUCAAACGGGUUGCAUAUUGUGAGCGAGAUGCCUAUUUUAUUCGCAGAUAUUAUAUAUUAACAGUUGUCAAUCAUCCGUCCCUUUCCUUUUCGGCGGAUAAGAAAAUGACAGGUAUAACUUAAAAAAAAUUACGAGGUGUCUGCAGGAAUCGGGGCCAUGUUAAGUAACUAUAUUCCCAAUAGGGGCGUCAGAGGUGAUGGGUUGGCUGUAGUAUGUGUUCCUAAAAGUGUUUUGUUGAUCACCUUUUAUUGUAAUAAAUUGAAUUAUGGAAACUGGAUGUAUUUAAUACAGUAUAUUUUAUUAAAAGAGAAAUUGUUGAUUAAUAUGAUCAUUCCAUAAAUUUAAUACUUGUAUUAUAAAGAAUUAUAUUUAUUAAAUUGACUACA